AUGACUGGCUUGUUGCCUUCCACAGAGCACCAGUUUUCCCACUAUGCGCAAUCAGCUCCUCAGUCUGCUCUCAUUACCCAGAUUCCUGGCUUCAGCGGCACUCUUCCUUCAAAACACUAUUCUGGGUAUGUGACAAUUGACCAAAGUCAUGGGAGGAACCUGUUUUACUAUUUCAUUGAAUCCGAAAGGAAGCCGUCGGAGGAUCCAGUGGUUCUGUGGCUGAAUGGUGGACCUGGAUGCUCCAGCCUUGAUGGCUUUGUCUAUGAGCAUGGGCCAUUCAAUUUUGAAGCAGCCAAGACCAAGGGAAGUCUGCCCCAACUGCACUUUAAUCCAUACAGCUGGUCAAAGGUUUCCAACAUUAUAUAUUUGGAUUCUCCUGCUGGCGUUGGUUUUUCUUACUCAGAAAACAAAACUGACUAUUAUACUGGUGAUCUAAAGACUGCCUCUGAUAGCCAUACGUUUCUCCUAAAGUGGUUUGAACUUUACCCGGAGUACCUCUCCAACCCAUUCUUCAUUUCUGGUGAGUCAUAUGCUGGAAUCUACGUGCCAACACUUUCUUCUGAAGUGGUGAAAGGAAUCGAUGCCGGUGUAAAGCCCAUUCUCAACUUCAAGGGUUAUCUGGUGGGAAAUGGAGUUACGGAUGAUAAAUUCGAUGGUAACGCUCUUGUUCCAUUUGCACAUGGAAUGGGACUGAUAUCAGAUGAUCUAUAUGAGGAGGUUAACAAGGAGUGUGGAGGAAACUACGUUUACCCAGUCAAUGAUGCUUGUGGGAGCAAGCUUGAGAAAGUUGACAAGAACAUAGAAGAAUUGAACAUAUAUGACAUUCUAGAACCAUGCUAUCACGGCACAGAUUCAAUGAAGAUUAAGACAACUACAAACAGUAGAGUGCCAUCGAGCUUUCGACGGUUGGGUGAGACUGAAAGGCCUCUUGCUGUGAGAAAAAGGAUGUUUGGUCGUGCCUGGCCUCUUAGAGCUCCUGUGAGAGAUGGAAUUGUUCCAACUUGGCCAGAACUUAUGAAUAGCGAAGACGUUCCAUGUACUGAUGAUGAGGUUGCUACUUCAUGGUUGAACAAUGAAACAGUUAGAAAGGCAAUCCAUGCAGCAGGGGAAAGCUUGGUACCUAGUUGGGAAUUGUGUACUAGCGGAAUCAGAUUUACUCAUGAUGCUGGGAGUAUGAUCAAAUACCACAAGAACCUCACUGCAAAGGGUUAUCGGGCACUUAUAUAUAGUGGUGAUCAUGAUAUGUGUGUACCUUUCACUGGGAGUGAAGCAUGGACUAGAUCACUUGGUUAUAAGGUUGUGGAUGAAUGGAGGCCAUGGACUUCCAAUGGACAAGUUGCUGGGUAUACACAAGGGUACGAAAACAACCUUACCUUCCUAACCGUAAAGGGAUCAGGACAUACCGUUCCAGAAUACAAACCGCGGGAGGCGUUUGAUUUAUUUAGCCGGUUUUUGGCUGGACAACCACUAUAA